GCAAAUACAAAGCCUGGAUUUCAGCAGCAUUGUGAAGGCCUACAGGAAAUAAUUCUGAGCAUUAACUGGGAUCAGGGAAAUGUGCUAGCCCACUCCUACAGAACACUGUGAGAGUGUGUAGAUUUUUUUUAUGGGUGCGGUGAUGAAACACAGGAAAGCAACAGGGAGUGGAUACCCUUUCAGCCUGAGAAGAGUAGCAUGUUAUUUUUUCCAGAUAUGGACACAGGGAGCCACUAUGCAGGACCAAAACGUGACCAUUAAGCCUCCAAUGGCUUUGUCUGUCGGAGAGCAGGCCUCUGAGCAGUUCCUGGACUGCGUGCGGAGACGCUGAAGUGAAGUGAAGUGGCGAAACUGGACAUGUGAAAAUGGGAAAGCUCAGCUGUCAGGUCUGAGAGCCUGCCCCCCAGACUCACUCCCAUGCUGAGAGCUGUAAGCGAGGGAAUAGUGGUUAAAUAUAGCUUUGCAGAGCUGCACAGCCUUCAAGUUCUCACUGCGAGAGAACAAUCAGUGAGUGGGCGCACACACAGGGUACAGUGGACUCCAGGGCAAAGCUGCAUCUUUUAUUAAGCUGAAGAGCGUCUGUUGUUGGAAUUGAAACGAGUUCUUGGUUUUUCUCAAAGGACACACUGUUGCACUACCUCCUCUGCAUUCUGUCUGUUCUGGGCAGCUAGUGUGACUUCCUCUGACUCUUGCACAGUCUCUUCACAGUCGCUCUCACAGACAGAGAUAAGGUCUCUCUGCUACCCUCCCAGCUGCUUUCUGACUCUUCGGUUAGCUCAUGGCUUGAAAGGGGAGAGAGAGUGAGAGUAAAAGAGAGAGAGAGAGAGCAAGAGAGUGAAUGUGUUUAGACACCUGCUUCACUCACUGUGUGUAACAUUACAUUACCUUUGUGUCUUUACUUGUUGGACUAGAAAGAGAGUGAGACAAGGAACUGUUCUUCUUUUGGCUUUUGAUGUUUCUGCUCGGUCUGAUGGAAUGCUAAUGAGAAGAGAUUGGCAACCAGUUCAUUAAGGAACUUCUUAAUGCUCAUAGUGGGACCAUAGUGGAGACAACAUGAGGUCCAAAAGCAACGGAGUGGAAAGUACCACCAAUGGGGUUCUGGUCGUCCCCCAAUCAAUACAUGAAAUUAGUGAAGAGGAGGAGGGUGAGGAGAAACUGCUGUCUACUGAGAAGAAUAUCAAAGCCAAAGUUCAACAGAAGGAAGAUGAGCAGAAACUCCAGUCAGAAACUGAUAACUUCAUGAAGAAAGAUGACCAAAGAUUAGGCCUGAAGGAUCUGUCCAAAGAUGACCUUCUAAAAAUGCUGGGUAUUAUGGAGGGGGAGAUUCAGGCUCGGGAGGAUGUGAUACGGCUGCUAAGGUCUGCACUUAGUCGUCCAGAGGUCCUGGAGUCUCGAUAUGGCUCAGCGGGGCCCGCAAGACCCCUGCAGGCCCUACAGAGAGAUGGCCUGCUCAUUAACAACCAAGCGCACCGGGAUGACGUGUAUGAAAAGCCAAUGGUUGAGCUGGACAGGCUUCAGGAUAAGCACAGGGAGACAUAUCGGCGCAUGCUGGAGCAGCUGCUGCUGGCUGAGAAAUGCCAUCGGCGUACUGUUCAUGAGCUAGACACUGAGAAACGCAAGCAUAUUGACUACAUGAACAAGAGCGAUGACUUUACCAACCUUCUGGAGCAAGAGAGAGAAAGAUUAAAACUGAUACUGAAGCAAGAAAAGGCGUACCAAGUACGGAAAGAAAAGGAACACUCUAGACGACUGCAGAAAGUUCGCGGAGAGCUAGUCAAGUUAAAAUCUUUUGCACUGAUGCUGGUUGAUGAGCAACAACUCCACUUGGAGCAGAUUGACCAGCAAAGCCAGAAGAUUCAGGAACUUCUCCAAAAAGUCCAGGAGAAAGAAAAGAAGCUGAGUGAAGUUGAGGCUAAAGCAAAAGAGGACAGCCAGAAACUUUUGAGCCUUGAGGUUGAGUUAGAAGUAAGGACAUCUAAGUUUACACGGCAGCAUGAAGAGAUGACAACUAAAUUGGCCAACCAAGAGACUCAACACAGGCAGUUGUGUCAGAAACACACAACACUGUCUCAGAAAAUUGAGGAGCUGGAGGAGACAAAUGCUGCUUUGCAGAAAUCAGAAGUGGAGCUACAGGAGCUGCGGGACAAAAUCAGCAAGGGGGAGUGUGGCAACUCCAACUUGGUGGCAGAGCUGGAGAACUUACGUAAGAGAGUUUUGGAGAUGGAGGGCAAGGAUGAAGAGAUCACAAAAACUGAGAGUCAGUGCAGUGAGCUGAAGAAGAAACUCCAAUCUGAGGAGAGCCACAACAAGGAGAUAGGGUUGGAAGUGGAAAAACUACAAAAGAGAAUGACAGAGCUGGAAAAGCUGGAAGUCGACUUCAGUAUGGGCAGGACUGAAUGUGCACAGCUGCAGAACGCUCUGGAGAAAGAAAAAAGCCUGACGAAAGAACUGGCAGAUGAGCUGGUGGCUGUCAAAAUUCGCAUGAAAGAACUUGAAUCAUCUGAAUUGAAACUGGAGAAAGCAGAGCUGGUUCUGAAGGAGGAGCUGAUGAAGCUCAAGUCAGUAACAGUAAUAAUGGUUAAUGAGCGCAAGAACAUGGCAGAAAGGAUUAGGUCUGAGGAGAAUAAGAGAGAAGAGCUAGAACAUUUGUUUAAGGCAGAACAGGAAAAGGUCAUGGAGGUUACUGAAAGGUUAAUAGAGGAAAGUAAAAAACUUCUGAAGCUGAAAUCAGAGAUGGAGUCAAAAAUAACCAGCUUGGUCAAAGAGAAAGAUGAGCUGAAGAUCAAGCUUACAACUGAGGAAGAGAAAUGUAAAGAUUUGAGUUCAAAGGUUUGUGUUGUGAAACACAUAAAUGAUAAGGUAAAUGAAGAAGGAAUGAAGGAAUAUGCAAACAAAGUGCUGAACAAAGAUGUCGGGAGCCUUUUAAAUGUAACCAGAAAGGAUGAAAUUAAAAUAAGAGAACUGACUGUGGAAAUUGAAAGGUUGAGAAAUCGCCUAAAGCAGCUUGAGGUUGUUGAGGGAGAUCUGAUGAAGACAGAGGAUGAGUAUGAUAUGUUGGAGAAGAAGUUUAAAAGAGAGCAAGAAAAGGCUAAUUCCCUCUCACAGCUAGUAGAGGAAAUGAGGACUCAGAUGGCUUUGAGUAGGGUAAUAGAGAGGGAAGAGGCGAUUAGUCAGGAGACAGAGUUACGGAGGCGGUACAAGUUAGAAGAAGCGAAAAACAAAGACCUGCAGGCAGAUGUUCAAGCUCUGAAAGAAAAGAUCCAUGAGCUUAUGAACAAGGAGGACCAGCUUUCACUGCUUCAGGUAGACUACUCUGUCCUACAACAAAGGUUUAUUGAGGAAGAAGACAAGAAAAAGAGCAUGAGCAACGAAGUCCUCAAUCUUACCAAGGAAUUGGAGAUUACUAAACGUUAUAGUCGUGCCCUGAGGCCAAGCAACAACGGAAGGAGGAUGAUGGAUGUUCCAAUGAUGUCUACAGGAGUGCAGACUGAUGCUGUUGAAAAUGAAACAAAUGAAGAUGAUGACACACCUGCUGUAUUCAUCAAGAAGUCUGUCCAAGAAGAGAAUCACAUCAUGAGCAGCCUUCGACAGAGAAGCCUAAAGAAGCCUGGUGAAAGGCCACCAGUCCGUGACCUCUACCCUUCAGCAGCUAGUGAUCUUACUAUGAAGAAAUCCUGGAUUCCAUGGAUGAGAAAGAAGGACAGCCAUACCCAGAGUGCUUCAGAAAAAUCUGUGCAUAUAAAUGGAGAGACAGUCCAUUCUGAGAUUAAAAUGACCCAAAAGCAAGGCCAACCCCUACACAUUCGAGUGACUUCUGACCACCAGACUAAUAAAGCAACCCUUCAGAUUAGCAGCUCUGCUGCAGAGAACAUCUUCAGUGGUUCUAUAGUCACACCCUCUCAGGGUAUUCAGAAGCCACGAAUAACAAUCAUUCCAUCCACGGCUGUUUCGCCAAAUGAGAAAGCCAGAGACCCUAGAUGUCCAGAGAGAUCCAAAUCUCCAAUGACCAUCACAACUGUCUCAAGAGCUAAGUGUCCCGAGAGUGUUAAAACCCCCUCCAUUGACAGACCUACGUCGCCCAAAUCCCCUAUGUCAGUUAGCACCUCCGCGCUGCCAGAUAUCUCCACCUCCCCCGAGCCUCAGGAAAUGAUCACAGGCAGGGCUGUAUUUAAAGUGACUCCUGAGAAAAGAAUGGUGCCCACACCCAUUAAAAAGUGUAGCCCAAAUGCUAACAUCAUCACCACAGAUGACAAUAAGAUUCACAUUCACUUAGGCACACAGUUUAGAAAGCCCUGCGAAAACAACACCUCCAUGGUCACCGUCAGACCUGUCACUGUAGCAGCAGCCGAGAGUAAAGAACUUUCUACAGGCACUGUGCUACGCUCACCACGCCAAGGAAUCAUCAGUAAAACCACAGCAAGCAAAGUUACAAGUAGCCUCACUAUCACACAGGUCACCACAGCACCAGCCAGACCAACGCUUUCUGUGCAGCCUGUUGUAGAUCCCCAAACACCCCGAUCCGGGCUCACACGCAUUCCUAUGUCCCGUGGGAUGAAAACGGGUAAGGCUGUAUUAGGAGCACUGGGUAUCACCACUGGUGUGAAGAUGGAGUCAAAAGCAGAGAGCCAGUCAAUGCGGAUUGAGGUGAAGAAAGCGUCUACAGGCAGUGCCACUCUCCAGAGUGGUGGAAAAGGCUGAAGGCAGAAUGUAUGAAAUGAAAAUAGCCAGGCCCUUCAUGAUGGAAUCAGCCAGUGAAGAAGAAGAUACCUCCUUUACUUUUGAUGGCUGAUGGAAUGUUCCUUUUCUAAAUGAAAGCAGAACAGUUCAUAGUAAUUGAAUGCACAGUGUAUGUGCAAUUGUAAAUACACAUAUUUGUUGCUAUUGCUGUGUUUUUCUCUUUUUUUUAAAGAAUCAUCUUAUAUGAAAAGACAAUAGUUUUUGGCAAUCAAUGUGGAUUAUACUCAGUAACUAUAAGAGGAUCGAUACUGAAACUUCUGAUACCUAUAAUUAUUAUUUCUGAGUAUUGUUUCUUGCAAGAAAAUAUGAUUUUUAUUUUUUUUGGCAGUGAACUGAAUCACUGAAUGUGUCUUUUCACCAUUUGCUUCUCAUAUAAGCACAUAUAAAAGAGUGAAUAGUCUUAUUUGGAAUUAUUUCACUCAACUAAACAGCUCGGCUUUGUGGUGGUUUAUACAAAACUAAUGCAAAUGUUUCAAAUACAGUUACUUCUUAUAUAAUACUUCAUUUAUUAUCUCCACCUAUUGACAGAAUGUGAAUUUGACAGUUGUUUUUAACUGUAUCAAAUUGAAUAAUGAUGAAUGGACCAAUAAAAAUUCUUUAAAAUUAUGUAAAAAUAAAAUAUUUUACAUUGACUGC